UCUGUCCAGCCAGCUCAACUCAACUUAACCACCACAACUCUUCAGAGGGAUGUCUUUCCUAUAAGUUUACCAAACUGACGUAUUGACCCAAGUUCUACAACUUUAAACUCUAUUAAUUACUCUUGGCUUACUUUUAAGCAGUCUUUAAGGUCACUUGUUUGAGGAUAAGUAGUGCGCGACAAUUUUAGAGUAGACAGGCGCGUACUGAAACAUCCCAUUUGGAUUAUAGUUUCUGUUUCUCGUCUUUCAGUAGAGAAAACCCGACUCGUGAUGGUUGUCCUGUCACUUAGGUUACUAAUGGUAGGAGUUGUAGUAAAUCUGACUUCAGCUCAUCUGGCUGGUGAAAGUAUAGAUAAAGAAGACUUGUUGAAGAUCCGUCUGAAAGAAUAUGGCCUCAUUACUCCCAUCAGUACAGACGCAGAGGGACACUACCUCUCGCAUCUUCUCUCGGCCAAUCACAAGCAGCGUGUGAAGCGGGAAGUUUUGGAAGGGUUAGCACAAGCGGUAGACAGGCUGUUCUUUAACAUCACUGUCUUUGGCAAGGAAUUCCACCUCCGACUACAUCCCAACCAAAGAUUAGUGGCUCCAGGAGCCAUGGUGGAAUGGCACGAUGAGAUCGAAAUAGCUGGGAAUGCGACUGAGAAUGGAACCAACUCGGAGAGAAUACUCAGAAGAGAGUUGCUGAAAACUGACUGCACUUUUAUAGGGGACAUCACGGAUGUUCCUGGAGCCUCUGUCGCCAUUAACAACUGUGAUGGGCUGGCUGGUAUGAUUCGCACUGAUUCUGAUGAGUACUUCAUUGAGCCUCUGGAGCGAGGAACACAGGAACACGAGGAGAGGGGAAGAGUUCAUGUGGUAUAUCGAAGGUCUGCAGUAUUACAAGCGCCUUUAGACAUCUCCUUGGAUUACCAGCCAAUCGAGCCUGAAUUGGAUGCACCAAGAGUGCUGGACAAUAUUGCUAAACAAGUCAACCAGACAGUCAGGAGGCGGAGACACGCUGGUGGUGAUGAUGACUACAACAUUGAGGUGCUGCUUGGGGUAGAUGAUACUGUUGUCCGUUUCCAUGGGAAAGAGCAUGUGCAAAACUAUCUCCUCACCCUGAUGAAUAUUGUGAAUGAGAUCUACCAUGAUGAAUCAUUAGGAGUGCACAUUAAUGUCGUGCUUGUGAGGAUGAUCAUGCUUGGAUAUGCUAAGUCCAUCGGUCUCAUUGAGGGUGGCAACCCUUCGCGAAGUCUAGAAAACGUGUGCCGCUGGGCAGUCAUCCAACAGAAAGAGGAUCCAGAGCACUCCGAGCAUCACGAUCAUGCCAUCUUCUUGACCCGGCAAGGCUUCGGCCCCACCGGCAUGCAAGGAUAUGCCCCUGUCACCGGGAUGUGCCACCCUGUCCGCAGCUGUACCCUCAAUCAUGAAGAUGGCUUCUCUUCUGCCUUUGUUGUAGCCCAUGAGACAGGACAUGUACUGGGAAUGGAGCAUGAUGGGCAGGGCAACCGCUGCGUUGACGAAACAGCCAUGGGAAGUGUCAUGGCCCCUCUGGUGCAAGCAGCCUUCCACCGCUACCACUGGUCGAUGUGCAGUGGGCAAGAGCUGAAGAGAUACAUUCAUUCAUAUGACUGCCUGCUGGACGAUCCCUUCAAACAUGAAUGGCCGCAGCUCCCUGAACUUCCCGGCAUCAAUUACUCCAUGGAUGAGCAGUGUCGCUUUGAUUUUGGAGUUGGAUACAAAAUCUGUACUUCAUUUCGUACAUUUGAUCCAUGCAAGCAGCUGUGGUGCAGUCAUCCAGAUAAUCCUUACUUCUGCAAGACCAAAAAAGGGCCUCCAUUGGACGGGACUGAAUGUGCACCUGGAAAGUGGUGCUACAAAGGUCACUGCAUGUGGAAGAAUGCCAACCAAGUGAAGCAAGAUGGAGCCUGGAGUGCCUGGAGCAAGUAUGGCUCCUGUUCUCGCUCCUGCGGGACGGGCGUCCGCUUCAGAACCCGCCAGUGCAACAACCCUGUUCCAUCUAAUGGAGGUCAGGACUGUCCAGGGGUGAACUAUGAGUACCAGCUGUGUAACAUAGAUGAUUGCCCCAAACACUUUGAGGACUUCAGAGCUCAGCAAUGUCAACUUCGCAACUCCCACUUUGAAUACCAGAAUGCCAAACACCAUUGGCUUCCCUACGAACACUCAGAUGCCAACAAAAGAUGUCAUCUUUAUUGCCAGUCAAAAGAAACAGGUGACGUGGCUUACAUGAAGCAGCUGAUGCAUGAUGGGACAAGGUGCUCUUACAAAGACCCGUAUAGCAUCUGUGUGCGUGGAGAUUGUGUGAAAGUGGGCUGUGACAGGAAAAUUGGCUCCAGUAAGGUGGAGGAUAAGUGUGGUGUGUGUGGGGGUGACAACUCCCACUGCCGGACUGUGAAAGGAACCUUCACUCGUGUGCCCAAGAAAGCCGGAAAAAAGUUAAGCAAGAGAUCCCAAAAAGAAAUCCCUGUGUUGGAAAACACAACCUGGAAAACAAGAGGAGCCUUCUUGCUGCCGAAAGGAGCUCGCAAUGUGUAUCUGAAUGAAACCGAGGAUUCUAGAGAUGUGAUGGCUAUCAAGAACCAGGGAACAGGGCAUUACAUUCUCAACGGCAAGGGAGAAGAUGCGAGAUCUCGGCGCUUCAUCGAGAUGGGAGUGGAGUGGGACUACCUAAUUGAGGACGAUGUCGAGACUCUUCACACUGAUGGUCCACUACAUGAUGCAAUUGUUGUUUUGAUUAUACCUAAAGACAACGAGACGAGGUCCACACUAAUGUACAAAUACAUCGUCCACGAAGAUUCAGUGCCCCUUAACAACAAUAAUGUCAUUCAGGAGGACACAUAUGAGUGGGCACUCAAGAGCUGGUCCCAGUGUUCAAGACCUUGUGCUGGAGGAUUCCAAUACACCAAAUAUGGGUGUCGUAAGAAAGGUGACAACAAAAUGGUGCACAGAAGCUACUGUGACAUCAACAAGAAACCCAAACCUAUUCGAAGAAUGUGUAACUUUCACAACUGCACACAACCACAAUGGAUCACAGAGGAGUGGGAACAUUGUACUAAAAUCUGUGGGAGCUUGGGAUACCAAAUCCGCACCGUGCGCUGUGUCCAGUUCCUUCAUGAAGGCACAAACCGCUCCAUCCACAGCAAGUACUGCAGCGGGGAAAAGCCUGAGAUCAGGAGGCCAUGUAACAGAGUGCCCUGCCCUGCCCAAUGGGGAACCGAGGCCUGGUCAGAGUGCUCGGUGUCCUGUGGAGAGGGUGUGGCACGACGUCUGGUCACAUGUCGCAUUGGAGAUCAAUGCACCGGUGAGAAGCCUGAGUCGCACAGACCCUGCAGGCCAGGACCCUGCCAUGAUGAGCCAUGCGGAGGAGACAAGUCCAUAUUCUGUCAGAUGGAGGUUCUGGCUCGUUAUUGCCCGAUACCAGGUUACAACAAGCUCUGCUGUGAAUCCUGCAGUAAGCGAAGUGGCACUUUUGCUCCUCUUCUGCAUGAAGCUUUUAAGACGGAGGAGGAACUUCGCUUCAGUUCAGCCUCCCAAAUUCUGGAGACACUCUCAGCCUCUGUAAAUGGAACUCUGAAAGUCCCUCAGCAGCACCAGCGGGGAUCCUCGUCACAAGGCCAAUUUGCCAAGCAGACCGCCACUCCCCCGCCUCGCAAAUCCAAUACCGAGAACAGCAAGACUCAAAAGCAUCUGAAACCCGGUGCGAGGAAUCUGCCUGCAAUGACGAUCCAUAGCUCGUGGAACAAGGACGCCGCUAAAGAUGCACCAUGGCAGCUGGAAAGUUUCCAAGAGAGUCAGUGGCCGACAGCAUCAUCCGAGGUGGAGAGAUGAAGGCUAGUUUGUCUCUUUCUUCCUCUGGACUCUCUCUUAUUUGUUUGUUGUAGACAUAGACCUUUAACGUUCAUCUUUCCCUUCACAUCCUCCUCAAGAUAUUUAAAAGCAAGAGAGAGUAUAGUGCUGGUUCACUUUCAAAUGUUCUCAAUUCCCCCGCCAGCAGUAUUUGUUUUUUAAAACACACUUGUCAAUCACACACUGUUGUGAUGGGGAACGUGCCAAAGAAAUUCUUAUGAUGAUCCUCUCAGCAGUCUGGUCUAUGGGGGUUUGGUGCGCCUAUACGAAGAGACGCCGGUGGUACUCGUGAGGAAAUGAUUGUAGUUGUAUCAAACUUCACAAUCUUUAAAGUAUUAUUUUUACCAGGUCCAAACAUGUUUGACCAGUUCAUAUUUAUGAACGUUCCUGUAAAUACUGUAUAUGGGAAAUGUCAGUAUUAUUUUAUACAUAAUGAGGAUUUUUAAAAUAAGAGAUUCAGGAGCAUUAUUGGUGCUUUUUAUAUUAAGAACACUUUAAUAAUAUGUUAGGAAAUCAGCCAUGAGUUCAGCACUGAAGAAUAUAUAUUCCAAAACCAUGUGAGCCCCAGGAACAAACAUCAGUGAAAUUAAAAUAGCCAUAAAAGAUCUACUUUUAAUUAGAAAGUAUUUCAUUCAUGAAUCAGCCUCUCAGCAAGUCAUCGAUCAAAUGAAUUCUCAAAGACUGUGAAAACUGUCAGGUUUUUGGUUUUCCUCAUUUCCCCAUGAUGUUGAGGAUUUUCUUUGACACUUGCCUCUUAGAUUUCCCUUAUUUUGUGUUAUGAGUUCACAUUUGCAGCCAGAAGUUUGUUUAGCCAACGACAGCAUUGAACGUAAACAUCAUGUCAAGCAGCUUCACCAUGAUGUAGGAGACCGCGUCUUAUACAUUGUGAGAUUAAUUGGAUAUUUGAGCUGGGAUUUGAAGGAGUAAAGCUGGACUUUCUGGAGAUAUUACACUGCACAAGAUAUCUCACUUGAGGGAGAGGAAAGCUAUUUAUUUUUAUAAUCAAGGAUUAUAUCUCAACCACAAUGCAUCUGACUGCAAUACCAAGGAAACCAGUUAGUAUAUCAGUGGAGUACAGCUGUUCAUAACUGUACACACACGUUCACCUGUGUGCCACUGUAAAGUUAUUGUAUAUACCAUUGAGAACUUUAUUAAGAUUUAAAGUUCAACAUCAUGUUUUUUGUGCAACAUUAUCUGUUACUUCAGACCAAAAACACAGACUCCCAUCAAGUAGUAAAAGUAGCUCACAAAAGUAAACACAGAAACAAAAGUAGACGUAUGAAUAGCCUUAUUGUUGUUGUUUUAACUGCCUUUUUAGAUAAAAUAAGACACAUGCUCCGCUUUUGAGAUGUUAUAAUAAGGGAAAGCUGUUUCACAGCCAUUUUAGAAUAGAAAUAUUGUAGAGAAAAUCUUAAACAAAGCUGUCAUUUACAGUGAUUCAUUUUGUCCUUUACCCACAAAUCCCCUUAUACUGCACAAAGCUGCUUUUACAGUUAAUUUGUAGCUUUAACAGAAAAAAUGCUAAAUUAUAGUGAUAUAUUUUGAUCCUCUAGAUUAGACAAUAGCCAUAUCUGCAUACAGAUCAGUAGCAGUUGUCUUUGAACAUCAUUCAUCCGAUGAAAGCUAAGGUGAACGGUGUGUGCAUCACAAAAAAGCUUUCAUUUUAUCGUUGUUCACUUUCUGAUAAUAAACAAUGUGUUGCUAAUAUUAUCGACAAGCUUUCGGAGACCCUAAGGAAUGCGAGAUAGUUGAAGUUAAAUUGACAAUCCCUAAGCCACAGACAGACACCCAACAUAAAGUAUAAAGCGUGUUUAUCCUCAAUAUUCCAAGUGUUAAUUGUUGUUCUGGCUUACACUGACACUUUCAGUUGCUAACCGCUUGCGGUCAUUUCUUUUUGUUUUAAUUUGUACUUUUGUUAGUUGUAAUGGAAGUGUACACUACUGAGGCUGUUUGUUGUAUUGGGAGCA